AUGAUUGAAUCAGUUCACCAAGGUCACAUGGGUACACAGAAAUGUAUAUCAAGAGCAAGAGAUGUCAUGUUUUGGCCCGGAAUGACCCAACAAAUUACUAACUUUGUGUUAGCAUGCCCAAUAUGUAACAAAUAUAGACGUUCUAAUACAAAAGAACCAUUAACGCCCCAUGAAAUACCACAAAGGCCAUGGCAAAACAUUGCUGUUGACUUAUUUUCUUUUGAUGGAAAUGACUACUUGGUUACAACAGAUUAUUACAGCAGAUUCUUUGAAGUUGAUACCCUUCCAAAUACCCAAAGUAUCACCAUCAUUAGGAAGUUAAAAGUCCAUUUUGCUCGUUACGGAAUUUGCGAAAAAUUGGUAAGCGACAAUGGUCCGCAGCUGUCAUUAGCACUAUUUGCCGAUUUUGCAAAUGAGUGGGGAUUUUCGCACCAGACAUCAAGCCCUCUUCAUCCUGCUAGUAAUGGAUUAGCAGAAAAAACUGUGUCCAUUGUCAAGCGUUUAUUCCAAAAAGCUAAGGAAAGUAAGAAAGACCCUUACAUAGCUAUACUAGGAUAUAGAAAUACUCCAUUAGAUUGUGGGUAUUCCCCUUGUCAGUUGUUGAUGGGAAGGAGAACAAGAUCUAUCCUACCUAUAACAAAUAAACAACUUGAACCGAAAACAAUCAACCCAGAAGAAGUUCGUGAUAAAAUACAAAAGGCCAAAAAGAAACAAAAAGGUUAUUAUGACAGACAAACAAAGCCCUUACCUCCACUUCUAAUAAAUGAGUAUGUACGAGUUCAAAUGGGAAAAAUCUGGAAACCCGCCAAGGUUAUUGAGAAGCACGAUGACCACUCUUACUCAGUACAAACUCAAGAUGGAGCUAUUUACCGCCGUAAUAGGCGAGUAUUGAAUAAGACCAAGGAAAGAUUCCCAGAUAUUACAGAAUUCGCGCCAAAUAUUUUAGCUGGAACUUCAAAAUUUUCCACUGAGAUAAAUAACCCUUGUGGAACCUCCACAGAAAAUGCUGACCAUUCAAAUGUUCCCAGCCUACCUAGGCUACAUUCCCAGACCCCUUAUGUAACACGAUCAGGUAGAGAGAUAAAACCGAACAGACAGUAUGCUAACGAGAAUUGGAUUACUGAUAGCAAAUAG